AUGUCUACUCAAACCAUAUCAAACCCAAGAACGACAACAAAGUGCCUUCUCAGGAUGGUGUUGUCAAAUGUGGUAUUGGUCAGGAUCAUUUGGCCUGAUUUUAGUGAUGGAAUCGUAAUUUUGCGUCGCCUUGUUUUGACUCUCGGAGGAAAAGAUUGCACUUUUGAUGAUCGGCUGUUAACAUCUGCUAUUGCAAAAUACAAGCAAGUGCUGAAGAAGCUAGAUGAUAAAUUGAGGAGGACCGCAGAAAAACAUGUCUCUGACGGGAAUGGCUUCUCCAGGGAGACUAUAGAGUCGUCUAAAUACAUUUCUGACCUGUGGAAGUCUCUCUUCGACGAAGAAGUGGAGGCAAGGAGUAGGAUUAUUAGCGACCUGUUUCAGCCUAUUUUGAGCGGCGAAUAUUGGCAAAGCGAGAUACCAACACUACCAGUACUUUCUCUUUACAUUUUAGGGAAAGAUUUUGCAAAGGAGGAGAUGAGAGAGGAGGUUGCUCGUCUAGGAGUUAAGCUCUCGCUAUACGUGGCUGAUUCGAUGUUCUUACUUUGUGAUGACAUUCGUUGCAUGUUACGGUUCUGCUUUAAGUUAUGGAGAGAUGCAAAGAUGGACCUGACACCUUGUAGUCCCGUGGUGGAAAAGCUGCUUCGUGUUAUUCAUUAUGUCUACUUGACACAUAUCAAACCGAAGAAUGGAGUAUAUCAGAUUGGUGGCAAAUCAGCCCAUUGGGAUUUGAUUUUGACAACUUGUUGGGAGAAUUUUUGUACUGGAUUCUCCAAGGACAAGGAAGCUGGGAAGAUGAUGGCCUAG